AGGUGCUCUGUAUUCAGUGUGGACUCCUCCUGAUCGCAUAGACCUGAGGUUCUCAAACAAUGAGAGGUGCUGUGGGACUGAAGAGCCGAGACAUGAGGACUCUAAGCUUGCUGGGGGUUGCACUCCUCUGUCUGUUUGCCAUGCCUGCUGCAACGGAUGAUGACCAUCAACACCCCUCAAACGCGUGUGUUGGACAAUACAAGGACUGGACCCAAAUUGGCCAGGUGUGCGCAAAGUAUUUCAACACACCAAGGUCCUUCGCCGAUGCCGAGUCUGCUUGCAGGCAGGCAGCUUCAGGGGGUCACCUGGUCUCCGUGCACGAUGAACAAACAAAUGCGGAUGUCUUGGCCAUCGUGUUGAAAUACAACCCCUCCUCACCAAGGAUCUGGUUGGGCGGUCAAAGGUUUGGUCAGUCAAGUACAUUCGUCUGGACAGAUGGUUCUUCUUGGAAUUUCUGGAAAUGGGUUGCAGGUCAACCAAGUAACAGCGGAAAUCAUGAGAACUGUGUGGAGAUGAACUGGACAAACUUGGGGGAAUGGAAUGAUGAUUGGUGCAUCAAACAGAAACCUUUCAUCUGCGCCUUCCAGUGGCAGCAUGAGCGGGGAGACUGAAGAAUGAUGGAAACACGCUACUGCAUCGCUUAUAAAAAUCAGGCAACACAUGAAGAUUCAUGCAAAGUGCAAAAUGAGUAAAGAAUCGCAAAAUUUUUAAAUGCUUCACUGAGCUCAUGCAAAAUAAAAAAAACUAUA